AUGAAAAUCCCCUGCGCUGGUGGAAGCAAAAAAGCGAUUUGUUGCCGGCAGCCCCUCCUUCCAGCCCUCCGAAUGACUGGCAACUCCCGGCUCCCCUUGGGAAGCGGGGAUGGAGCUGCCGCCUCCCUGCCGGACCGGAGCUCCCGGUGUGAACAUUUACAGAAAGAACUAGCAGUUAAGAGCAUCGGUCGACUCUGUGAGAUUUUGCAAGAUGAUUUCAUUGGGGUUGAGGAUGCUGAUGCGUCUGAGAAAAGCGUAAAUGAAGAAAAUGGGGAAGUAUCAGAGGCAGACCAACCUCAGAACAAGCACAGCCGACAUAAAAAAAAGAAACACAAACAUCGAAGUAAACACAAGAAACAUAAACAUUCUUCAGAAGAAGAUAAGGACAAAAAACAUAAACACAGACACAAACAUAAGAAACAUAAACGGAAAGAGGCAGCUGAUGCCUCUGACAAGGAAGAUGGACCAGCUAAAAGAACUAAAAUUGAUUUUUUAGCUCCUCUGGAAGACUUGGAAAAACAAAGAGCAUUAUUGAAAGCUGAACUUGAAAAUGAAUUAAUGGAAGGAAAAGUCCAGUCUGGGAUGGGAUUAAUAUUACAAGGUUAUGAGUCAGGAUCUGAAGAAGAGGGGGAGAUUAAUGAAAAAGCGCGAAAUGGAACGAGACCUGCAGCUAAGUCAAACACUAAGGGGAAAUUAGAACCUGUGGACAAUAAAACUAGUUCCAAGAAAGGAAGUAAGAGUGAAUCAAAAGAAAGGACUAGGCACAGGUCUGACAAAAAGAAAGGCAAAGUAGGAGCUGAUGGAAUCAAAGAGAAGACAGCUAGAAGCAAGUCAAAAGAGAGGAGGAAAUCCAAAAGCCCUUAUAAGAGAAGUAAGUCUCAAGAUCAAACAAGGAAAUCCAGGUCUCCAAUGCUUAAAAGGCGAUCUCAGGAGAAAAACAGAAAGUCUAAGUCUCCCCCAGAGGAUAGAAAUAAGGCUGAUGAUAAAAGUAAAUCAAGAGAUCGCAGAAAGUCUCCAGUUGUAAAUGAAAACAAAAGUCGAGAUCGUGGCAGAAAAUCUAAAUCUCCAACAGAACUAAGAAGCAAAUCCAAAGAUAGAAGAUCACGGUCCAAAGAUAGAAAACCUAGGAGAUCAGAGACUGACAAAGAAAAAAAGCCAAUUAAAUCUCCUUCUAAAGAUGCUUCUUCAGGGAAAGAAAACAGGUCCCCUAGGCGACCUGGCCGUAGCCCAAAAGGAAGAAGCUUAUCUCCCAAACAACGUGAAAAGUCAAGAAGAAGCAGAUCCCCUCUCUUCAAUGAUCGUAGAUCUAAACAGAGUAAAUCCCCCUCUCGAACCCGGUCCCCGGUUAGAAGGAUGAGGAGUCGGUCUGCAGAAAGGAAAAGACGAGAAUCAGAAAGGAGGCGUCUUUCUUCUCCCAGAACGCGGACCAGAGAUGAUAUUUUGUCCAGACGUGAAAGAUCAAAAGACAUUAGCCCACCCAGUAGAUGGUCCCCAUCCAGAAGAAGGUCUCGGUCCCCCAUUAGAAGGAGAUCUCGUUCUCCCCUACGACGUAGCCGAUCUCCAAGAAGGCGGAGUAGAUCUCCUCGAAGGAGGGAUAGAGGCCGAAGAAGUAGAUCUCGCCUUCGAAGGAGGUCCAGGUCACGUGGUGGCCAUCGGCGUAGGAGCAGAAGCAAAGUUAAAGAAGACAAAUUUAAAGGUAGUCUCUCCGAGGGUAUGAAAGCUGAACAGGAGUCUUCCUCAGAUGAAAACCUUGAAGACUUUGAUUUGGAAGAAGAGGAUGAAGAAGCGGAGAUAAGACAAAGGCGACUACAGCGACAAGCAAUUGUUCAGAAAUACAAAGGCCAGACGGAAGACAGUAAUAUCUCUGUACCAUCUGAACCCAGCAGUCCUCAAAGUAGUACACGUAGUCGCUCGAAUUCUCCAGAUGACAUCUUGGAAAGAGUAGCUGCUGAUGUUAAGGAGUACGAACGGGAGAAUGUGGACACGUUUGAGGCAUCAGUUAAAGCCAAGCACAACCUCAUGACGGUUGAACAGAACAAUGGUUCAUCUCAGAAGAAGCUGCUAGCUCCUGAUAUGUUCACAGAAUCGGAUGAUAUGUUCGCUGCAUACUUUGAUAGUGCUCGUCUAAGGGCUGCUGGGUUUGGAAAAGACUUCAAAGAAAACCCCAAUCUCAGGGAUAACUGGACUGAUGCAGAAGGCUAUUACCGUGUUAAUAUAGGUGAAGUUCUAGAUAAACGGUACAAUGUCUAUGGUUACACUGGUCAGGGAGUCUUCAGUAACGUAGUGCGAGCCAGGGACAUGGCAAGAGCCAACCAGGAAGUAGCGGUUAAAAUCAUCAGGAACAAUGAACUUAUGCAAAAAACUGGCCUCAAAGAACUGGAAUUUUUGAAGAAGCUCAAUGAUGCAGAUCCCGAUGACAAGUUUCAUUGUCUACGAUUGUUCAGGCAUUUCUACCACAAACAACAUCUCUGUCUGGUAUUUGAGCCACUCAGUAUGAACUUACGAGAGGUGUUGAAAAAGUACGGGAAAGAUGUUGGCCUCCAUAUUAAAGCUGUGCGUUCCUACAGCCAGCAGCUGUUCCUGGCUUUAAAGCUUCUUAAAAGAUGCAAUAUCCUACAUGCAGAUAUUAAACCAGAUAAUAUUUUGGUGAAUGAAUCUAAAACGAUAUUAAAGCUUUGCGAUUUUGGAUCAGCUUCGCAUGUUGCAGAUAAUGAUAUCACACCGUAUCUAGUUAGUAGAUUUUACCGAGCUCCAGAAAUUAUUAUAGGAAAAAUCUAUGACUAUGGUAUAGAUAUGUGGUCUGUAGGCUGCACAUUAUAUGAACUUUAUACAGGAAAAAUACUCUUUCCUGGCAAAACCAAUAACCAUAUGUUGAAACUAGCCAUGGAUCUCAAAGGAAAGAUGCCAAACAAGAUGAUUCGAAAAGGUGUAUUCAAAGAUCAGCACUUUGAUCAAAAUCUCAACUUUAUGUAUAUAGAAGUAGAUAAAGUGACAGAAAGGGAGAAAGUUACUGUAAUGAGCACCAUUAAUCCAACCAAGGACCUAUUAGCAGACUUGAUUGGGUGCCAACGACUCCCUGAAGACCAGCGUAAAAAAGUACACCAGCUAAAGGACUUGUUGGACCAGAUCCUAAUGUUAGACCCAGCUAAACGGAUUAGCAUCAACCAGGCUCUGCAGCACGCCUUCAUCCAGGAAAAAAUUUAAACCAGAUGAAGAAGUUCAAAGGGUUUGAGUAAUUAAGAUACAAAGACUGAAGAAAUUUCACAGCAGUUAUUAAUGUAUAUAAACAUAAAUAUUUCCCCUGCAAAGUUGAGGAAGAAAUGAUACAUUUGAAUUAACAUCGAGGCUGAUAUUUCUUUUAGAAAUGUUAGAGUAAUUCUGUUUCGUGUCUUAUGUGAAAAUUUUCACUGUAGAACUGUUUUAAUUGCCAAGACUGCACAGAAGUACAAUGCUAAUGUAUAUGGUUGCAGUUCGUAUAUAUUAUAAAAAGAAAAAAAGCAUCUGUUAUAAAAAAAAAAGAAAGAAACAAAAAAAAAGAGCAGUAAUACUGGGUGGUUGAUUUGUUUUUAGCAGACUUGGCUUCAUUUUUGUCUUUAAGAAAUGGCCAGCAUAAAUGCUGUUUAUAUUCACGUUUUCCUAGGUGUGUGUGUGCAGGCCACAGCAGCAUGCCCUUGGUGUAGUCAGUGCCGAAGGGGGUCUGUUCCUUCUUGAGCCUGCCCGCAGGGAUGGUCUCCUCUUUUAAAGCAGGUUGUGUACAACUUUCAGUACACUGAAGGUAAGCUAACCCAUCAACAUCACCGGUGUUUAAGCUGUUAUUUUACUGCAACGACUGACAAAUGAGAGACAAUAGCGUUGUGGCAGAAGUCCCUGCAUGUUUGAGAAAUGACCUUGUUUUAUUUUCUGGCAUUGCAACCGUGGCAUAGUUACAACUUCUGUUCUGUUCAUCACAUUUAAAAUUUCCAGAGUGCGCACUUGAUGGAUAGAGCGCCUUCAGUGUACUGUUUCUUAUUACUUUAAUUUUUUUAAUCAACUUGCUAUAGACUUUGUAUACAUUUUGUUAAAUACAGUUCACUAUGACAUAGAAACCAAUACUUACAGAAGAGUUUUCAUUUAGUAAUUACAUAUGUUGGGAUCUCAUUCGAAAGACCUUAUAUCUAAAGGAUAGCUAGACAACAUAAUGAAAUUUUUAACUAUUUGUAUGUCAUUUUGAAAGUGUACUGCUUUAUGCUAAAAGUGUUUCAUUUGUUCAUUGUUUUCAUUAUUUGUGAUCAUGUUGUCUUUCAAUACAGGCAUAAACCUUCCACUCUUGAACAAAGCAGCUGCUUUUUAAAAGCGGUAAUUGCUUCUUUACCUUUUAUUUCUUUUGUAAAUGAAGCUUUUCUUUAAGAAAUGUGACUUUAAAGUGUUGUCUCUUGCAUAAAACAGUUGACACUUACUUAUUGUAAAGUGAAGAUUGUUCUGCUGCAUGUAAAGUGGACCAUGCAGAUUUCUGUAUGUUUUCAGUAUGCAUCAUUAGAUAAUAAAGUCUUUUGUGAACAAGGCAUUUGUAGCCAUUUUUAAAAGAAUCUGUCUUCAGUGAUGGUAAAUCAGGUAAUUCGUAAGAACAUCCCCUGCAUUUCCUAUUAAUCAUUUAAUUAAAGGCAUUAUUAAAUGUUAUGAUCUUUGGGAGAGUAAUAGGCUAUGUUAAUUAGAUAUAUAAUUAUCACUACUUAAACAAAAACAAAGCAAAAAAAAAAAACCCUACAGAUAGUGUCUGUCUGCUUUCAUUGUAAUGAAAUUAUUCCUGUAGGACAUGGGAUUAAAUUCAGGCUUUAACUAAUGUUUGUGCUGUUUUUCUCACUUUUCCUUUUGAUGGUGCUGAAAGAGAAAAAGGAAAGCGAGUCACAGGCCACUCAACGCCUACUCCAUGGGUCUGAUUUGCUGAGACACCAACUUCACCUUCCUAACAAGGUUAUUUCUGACAGCAUGUGUAGAUAAACAUUUAGCAACGAGUUAGAACAGCUUGAAACAUUUGAGUUGGUUGUGCAGCGCGAGGAAACCAGAAUCAAACUUUGCAGGUCCAUACCGCUGUUGUAAUGUUCUCUCUGACAAUAUUAAGAAAUUCAUCUUUUCAUUUGUAUUAAUAUAUUCUGAAAAGCUGUGAAACCCCUACUGGUUUCACCUACUCUAUAAUACUUCUUUGAACUAAGAAGGGUUUUUGUAUCCAUCUAGGUGCAUAAUGGCAACAAUCAUGCACUCUCAGUGCACUCAAGAAUGGAAAAAUGUCCCAAAGCAGUCAUUCUGCUGGUGGGGAAUACCCCACCCAGGAGAUGUAAUGAACUAACUACGAAAAACAAGCAGGAGAUGGGUGGUUUUGUAUGCCUAUUUGGAACCUUCAACCUGUCUCUUCUCAAUUUAUUUUGUAAAAUUCUUAAUAAAGAAUAAUCUCUCCUUCUUUCCACAUAUUAAGGUAUCUUGUUCGUACAGGAAAUAAAUAUAUUUUAAAAGUAGCUUUCACGUUUGAUGAAAUACUAGUUGCUUGUUAAUUAGAUACAGAAAGUAACUUGCACUUUUACAACAUAAGCAGCACUUCUGAGGGCAGUUUUACACAGAUGUAGUAAUAGCUUUAUUCUAUCUGUUGCUUUGUAGUUAUUCUUAAAAUAGGAAUAUUAAACAAUGAAAUAAGUUGGUGAUACAGAAACAAAGCAGUAGAAAAGAUGCCCCUUAAUGCCUACAGAACUGUUUUAAGCUAUUCUGGAGAAGCAUAAAGUUGCUCGUUUACUUGUUCUUUGUGUUGUAGGUGCAGCUCAAAAGAAGAUGAUGGCUACCAGAAGAACAUGAACAAAGGUUUCUGUCUUAUAAAAGAUAUGAAAAAUACUCUUCGUGUAGUUCUGUCUUAAUCUUUUGGUUUCCAGCAUUCCAAUUUAGAAUUUAUUAGCUCUGCUGCAGUACUGAUAAUUCCUGAAAAAUACUUACUGUAUCAGAAUUUGUUGCAUUGAUGUGUUUGCUUCGUUUCUGGUUGAAGAGAUUUUUUUUUUUAAAUUGUGAUUAAAUGAUUAAAUGUAGGUAAAUAAGCAUUACUGUUUAAAUGCAAUUAUCUUAAAAUGAUAGAAUGAUCAGUACAAAACAUACGAAAUUGAGGAAAAAAUGCCAUUAUAUUUGAUUAAAAUACAUGUGUUUUAACUAAUAAAUAUUUUAGCAGAUGAUGCACUCUUUUCUUUAACUUCAGCAUGUUUGUUAUUUUAAUUCUGUCAAACUUUAUUGUUGAUACAGAGAUUAGCUGACAGGGAUUAUUCCAAACAAGUGGAUUUCAGUCCUCCAUCCACUGUCAGCGUCAGUUGGUACUUGUUGUUGGCAAGAGUAGAAAAUCUUUUAGUGCUGGCUUCCAAAGCCUGUGGAAUUUAGGUCUUUUUGACAGUGUUAAGGAACCUCUCCAGUUGUAGGCACCGGCUGUCCCAUGGGCCUGUGGUCUCUGAGGAGAGCAGAGCAGCUGCCGGUGCCGCUGCAGUCAGCUCUAUUCCUUGGCUGCAGCUUCUGGCAAAAACAGAACAGCUGGGCAACAAGAGUUUUCUUGUGGAACUAUUUGUCAGCUGAUCUAAGAGAUUACACGAUGAUGUAAUUUCUAUCUUCAUCCGAGGUCCUACUUAAAGGAAGUUUGGCUAAAUUUACUGUGCUGAUUCCUGUUUCCUUCUCCCUCGUGGUGACAAGGAGCUUCCCAUUUGACAUACUUAGUUUGCCAAGCGUUCAUCAAAAACAAAAUACCAGCCCUAUGCAGUUAGAGUGUGUUAUUACCUUGGUGUAUACUACUCUUUAAAAAUUAAGAACUGUUUAAGAGCUUUUGAUAGAAUAUGAUGAUUCCUUUAAAACCUUUUUAAUAAUACUUUAUCUCCGUACAUAGGGUAAGUGGCAUUAAACUUCCGAAGAACCUUUAUGUGCUUAUUGACCCAUGCCCAGGAGGCACACCGGGCUGUGACACCACUGGAGACAGAGCCAUCUUCUGCAGUAUGUCUAAAGCUGUAACUCGGGUGGAGGAUGUUGGGCAGCAGCAGUUGCAAUCAAUAAAGUACGCUUAAAACUUA